AGCAACAGCACCGAAAACAAACACAACACGCAAACACGCGUCACACCACUACGCAAAGACACGGGAAAAGGAGAACCUCCCCAUUGCAUCGCCGUCUACGCACUUACCGUCCAAAGAAAGAAGAACAGAGCAAAAAAAAGAUGGCACGGCAUCUCCCGAUGCGGGCGCGCGGCCUUCGAAGCACUUCAUCGUCGUCGCUGCCGCCGCUGCUGCUCGUCUGCGGCCUCGCUGCUGCGUUUUUCUUUGUUCUCGUCGCUACGACCGCCCAUGCGGCGACCGCCACGCGCAACCCGACCGUUGUCAGCCACUUCGGCGACACGAUCCCCCUCACCAUGUACCUGCGGCUGAAGCGGCAAACGCAGCGGUCGUUUCUCUUCCCUGACGAUCCAGCCGAUGCGGCGAUAAACUUAGACGAGGGCGCAGUACACGAAGACGUGGAGGGAAACGUGGUAGUGGAAGACCCUGCAGAGGGCAAGGCCGCCGGAGCAAACGGCCUGCCAGACGAGUGGAACAUACGAGACUUAGAGCUGCCGGCGCUUGGCGCCACCACCGGCAAACACAGCAGCCAGAUCGUUCGCAAUCUGCCCCCGACGUACGCGCCACGGUUUGGCAUUAAUCGAGCGGUGACACUCGUGAUGAAGGCGCCGCUGAGCACCGCCGGGAAGACGCUCGAGGACGACCCGACGCUGCAGCAGAGUGACCUCGCCGUGCGCUUCAGCGUGGGCCGCGGGCUUCAGAAGGAGUCGACGUGGCUGCCGUUGGCGUCGCGGCAUAAAGUCGUGAGCAUGCUGACGGAGCUGCUGGUCAACCGCCUACAGGCGCCGCGCGAGGCGGAACGAGCGGAGCUGGAGCGCGAGUUUGAUGAAGUUACGGAAAAUGCACACGGGCCGGCCGUGCACUACCUCUCCCGCGUCACCUUCUACUUUGGUUAUCAGACGGGUGAACAGCACAAGUUUACGUCGUUUGCGAUUGACGCGAGUUACUCGCCGGUGAAGAAGGCGGGGAUUGAUCUCCACUUUAUCUGGUCGGAGCACCGGCCGUACAAUCCCAACCGCGCGCUUGUGUUGUGCACUGCGGCGUCGCUGCUGGCGGCGAUGAUGAUGGUGGUGGUCGUGUUUCAUCCCUCGAGUCGGAGCAUGCUGCUCUUUAGUCAGCGCAUCGUAGCCGUGCGUGCGCAUGAGUAA